AAAUUUCCCCUGUUUUAUAAUUAGGGCUUCGUUUACGACUCUGCGUGCGGUGGAUUAGAGAGAGAAAGAGAUAAAGAGAGAGAUAGAGAGAUGGCUGGUGUGAACGCUUCGGAACAGAGAAGGAAGAAUCGCAGUUUAAGGAUCAACGAGAUACAUGGAGUACUGAAGGAAUUGCUUGAGGGUAUGGAGAACGAUGAAUCGUCGAAAAUAAAGGCGAACAACUUCAAGUUAAGGAUCAAUAAGAUACUCAGACAAUUGAGUAAAUUGCAAGGGGAGAAACCCGAAUUGGAAUCGGAUUCUGAACCCGACUCCGGAUCCGAACCGGAUGAGGAUGAAGUACUGGAACGGGAUGUGGAUCUGUAUAUGGGUGAAAGACUGUCACUGGAUAUGGAUAAGGUUGAGUUAGAGAAGAGGGUUAAGAAGAAGAAGGAGUUAGAUGAGGCGGAAUUCGAUGCGGAGGAGCACAUGUUAAGUAUCCAACAGCUGCUGAUUCAUCAAUCUAAUGAAGAUGAUCCGUUUACUAUGAAGCGCCCCCGCCCCAAGAAUAAAAAGAAGAUUCCAUCAUUCUCUGGAGGUUCGAGCCUGGUGUAUGAGCCAUCUCUUAUAGGCAAUGAUCCCAAAACUUUGCAAUCUCUCCGGGGUUCUGCGCAACUAGCAAUUAAUUCUUACAACAACAAACACCAUACAGAAUACAGUGUGGUGGACAUGGUGGGAGCAAUCCAAAGUCAGUGCGCCGGUUACGUAUUGCAUCUGGGAUUUACAGCCAUCAAGCCUGGUGAUGCCGUUGCCAAACAUUUCCAAACAGUCAUUUACUACGGAAUUGGCAAAAUUGAUGUACAGAGUGUUCGUAUUGUUGAUUGACCUAACGAAUAGGUGAUACCUGGUUUAGGGAAGCAAAUUUGCCGAUUUAAGGCAAAUUGUGUUUGUUUUAAUAUAACUGGGUUGUGAACCAUAUUUAUCUUUGUUUUCUGCGUCUAGAAUCUUUUUAUAUUUGUAAAAUAUAUCAUGCUCAAUGGAACAGUGCUUAUCUUAUUUAUGUCAAAUAUUUAGUGUUUUGAUUUU